AUGUCAAUUGGAAUCCCAGUAAAGCUUCUGUACGAAGGUAUAGGUCAUAUUGUUACAGCAGAACUUCAAAAUUCACAAUUAUACAGAGGAACCCUGACAAAUGUGGAAGAUAACAUGAAUUGUCUCCUGGAAGGCGUUACUCUCACCAUGAAAGAUGGCAAAACACUGGCCCUAGAGCAAGUAUACUUGAGAGGAAGUCAGAUUCGCUUCAUGGUUUUCCCAGAUAUGCUUAGACAUGCUCCCAUGUUCAAGCAGAACGCCAAGGAUCGUUCUAAACACGCGGUCCUCCCACAAAUGCGGGUACCAGUACCAGUUAGGCCUGGAAUCCCUUCCCACGUUCCAAUGGGUGUUAUGGGAAGGCCGUAG